UAUAAUUCCAGGGAAACUUUCCUCUCUCCUGAAGCUCUGGUUUUUAGUGCAGAGGGUGGGAUGGUCACUACAGCACUAAUGCUGCUUCCCUUUGACACAGCGAGGUGCUCAGGAGUUGGGGCUCAGGUGAGAUGAGGCAGUAAAUGCUGCUGCCCCCUGCUCUCCACCCUGUCCCUCAAUGCCACUUUGAGCUGUGAUGCUACCCGACACAUGCUGUGUGGUCUAAAAAGCCAGGGUAAGUAACAAAGCAUUGGGGUUGCUGACUCUCAUCAGGCUGUUGAUAGCGACAUUUAUCAGGGACCUGCUUCUGUAACUUCUCCCACACCAGCUGCAGCCUGUGACCAGCAGGCAGGCUGUUUCCUCAGCUUCAGAGGCUUCACACGCUCGCCAAGCUCCUGCUUUCUGUCACCAGGCAAAGCUGAGCAGGCCCCUGUCCAGUGCUGUGAUGUGGCACAUCCCCUGGUCCUAAACUGUAGGGCUGCGGGGUGCUGCUUCUGAACAACAGCACUACUGGUGUAUUGGCAAUCAACGUCAGUACCAAUGGGAUGGUACAGGCCAAAUGGGAGGGGUUGUCUCACAGCAUGUAUGCAUCUGUACUGAUUACAUGAGACCCCAAAGCGAGGCGUCUAGGAAGCAGAACCAAAAUCUCGUUGUGUGAGUGCUGACUGAGAGAUGAGUGGAGGCUCACCUGAGUCCUGUGCCGUAUUCCUGCACCUUUGCUGUGGCCAAGGAGCAGCUGGAACCCAAGAGGCAGGGCAGGAGCUGUGCCUGCCAUAUGCAGACCCCAAAAUGCAGGGGGAGGCAGCUCUCUGAUCCCCAGCCUCCCAGCAGGAGCAGCCCUUUAAGGAAGAGGCAGGCACGUAGCCUGGAUGCUGCCCAGCACAGACCCAGCAGCCACGUCAAUGUCCCAGGGUGGGCUGUGCCAGCCUGGCACAGAAAAAUCCUCCCCAGGGCAGAGAGAAGCUGAUUGAGCUCGCUGGCUCCUGCUCUGCUCCCCUUUUUUGCAGGACAAAUGAGAAGCAGCUGCCUCCAAGCGUGAGAUUUUGGGGUGUGCGUCAGAGUAAGGGAUGCCUGACAGCAAAACGCCUUGCCCUGGUUCCUGCCUGGGGAGCUGCAAUGUCAAGUGAAAUAACCUUCCAGGCUGCCUUUGGUGCAGAGGUCCUUUGGCUUAUGGUAUUGCUUUCUGUCUGGUGAGCUGUCUGUCUCCUGUAUGCCUGAUCUCAGGCUUUCUUUGCUCCUUUUUUUCUUUUUUUUUUUUUUUUUCCUCUUUGGGCUGGGUUGUGCUCUGCCUUUAAUGCAUCGGGAAGCCAUACGCAAUGAGGAGACUCUCAUCAUCUGUGCAUCAGGGCGAAUUACUGACUGAGUGCUGAGCAGCCACGGUAUUGAUUCAGACCGUAGCCCAGUCUCUCCGCCUGCCGCCCGGCGUGGCUGGCUGCAUCCUUCUGGUUCGCCGCAUUUAAUCGGCUUCCCGGAGCUGCCAAGCAGAGGGGGGAGUUGGAACCAAACCCAUCUGCGAUGUUUGCUUCAAAAUCCAGCUCCGUGUCCCCUUCUCCGUCCAUGGACCAGGCAGAUUCGGAUGCCCUGGACAUCAGCACCAAAGUGCAGCUGUACGGCGUGCUCUGGAAGAGACCCUUCGGGAGGCAGUCGGCCAAGUGGUCCAGGAGGUUCUUCAUCAUUAAGGAGAGUUUCCUGCUCUACUAUGCUGAGAGUGAAAAGAAGAACUUUGAAAGCAAUAAAUACUUCAAUAUCCAUCCCAAGGGUGUUAUACCCCUAGGGGGCUGCAUCGUGGAACCCAAAGAAGAGCCCAGCAUGCCUUACGCCAUAAAGAUCUCUCAUGAAGACUUCCACGGUAACAUUGUUCUAGCAGCCGAGUCAGAGUUUGAGCAGGCUCAGUGGCUGGAGAUGCUGCAGGAGUCUGGAAAAGUUACCUGGAAGAAUGCCCAGCUGGGAGAAGCCAUGAUCGAGAGCCUGGAGGCCCAGGGACUGCAGCUGGCCAAGGAGAAACAGGAAUAUUUAGAUAAGCUGAUGGAAGAAACAGAGGAGCUGUGUCUGCAGAGGGAGCAGAAAGAGGAACUGGAACGCCUGAACCAGGUUCUGGAAGCGGAGAAGCAGCAGUUUGAAGAGGUGGUACGGGAGCUGCGGCUGGAGCAGGAGCAGAUCAAGCGGGAGCUAGAGCUCACAGCCCGCUCCCUUAAAGGAGUGGAGGAAGAAAAGAAAGAGCUGCGAAGCCUGACAGAGUCCUUACAGAAAACCCUAGAGGAGCUCUCCCUGGAAAAGCAGCAAAUGCUGGAGAUGAUGGAAGAAAAUGAAAACCAGUUCCCACCUCCAACCAGCCCUAACAAGGAGCAAAGCCCCAGCUGGGGACUGCACUGCAGCCUGCGACAGAUCGAAGAGAAGAUGCAACAGCUUCUGGAAGAGAAACUCCUGGCAGAGAAGAGGAUGAAGGAGAACGAGGAGAGGUCCCGAGCCCUGGAAGAGGAGCGGGAGUUUUACUCUUCCCAGUCACAGGCGCUGCAGAACUCACUCUCAGAGCUGACUGCAGAGAAGCAGCAGACAGAGAGGGAUCUCAAGGCUGAGGUGAAGAUGCGCAUGGAUCUGGAGAAGAGACUGAGGGAAGCUGAGGAAGCGUUGCAGCGCUUGGAGCAAGGUUUAAAUUCUCUGGAUCGCAACAAGGAGAAAGAGGAGAAGAUGAAAGCAGAUGUCAGCCAUUUGAGAAGGUUCUUUGAAGAGUGCAUCCGCAACGCUGAGCUGGAGGCCAAGAUGCCUGUGAUCAUGAAGAACUCAGUGUACAUCCACAAGGCUGCCACUCGCCGCAUAAAGAGCUGCCGCCUUCACCGCCGGAGAACCAGCACUUCGUGGAAUGACUUGAAGCAGUCCCAGUCCUUCAUGUUCUCGCAUGCAGAAGCUGAAAACAUUGAGGAGCUGAAGGAGGCAGCCAAAAGACUGAGCCGGCACCACCACUUCCGCGAGACUCUCUACCAAAUCAUGAGGUCACAAAAAGAUUCAGCUUCAGGGAACGAAAAGUGACUCUUGCUGGGAGGGGACUUCUGAUCUCAACUUGCCAUUCAGCUCUGCAAAAGCUAAGCCAUCAGGCACUAGGGUCAGAAGGGAGAUAUGUCCUUUGGUGAGGAAGGUGAGGCGAAGUUGUGUGUAGGCAAUUCCCUCAGUUAGUGGCUUUGCUUUACUUUGGAUGCUCCCCGUAGCCUGGCAGACCUCCCCUGCUGACCACUGCAGAUCACAUCUCUUAGCUUCAGCUGCUUACGUUUUGCCAAGAUACCAUGUGACAGUGACCACAGACCUUAGCUUAGGAAGUGCCUCUUUUCUUUCCUGCCUAGUCUGCCUGCCCGACACGAGUGCUUCUGAGAAACCCGUCGUUAGUCCAUGGUCCAGCUGGAGCAGCCACCCGAGCCGGGCAGAGCUUGCCCUGUUUUGCCUGAUCUCCACUAGGAACUGGCUCGCUGAGCACCCCUGCUCAUCAGCACUUCCAUGGGGCAUGCUUCAUGGCACACUUCUUGAAGACUGCAGCAGCCCCAGCCUCCCAGGCACAGGCUGUAAUAUCAGCCACGGGGCAAGCUCCUGAUGCAGCAACAUCUCAAGCAAGCAGUAGCAGCGCAAGGUGAAGGCAACCUGGGGAUGCUGUGGAUUUGGCUCCAAGAAGAAUCACGUGCAAAGUAGAUCCUAUAGGUAACUCAGCAGCAUUGCUGCAAGCUGGAGGGAGGGUAAUGCUAUGCUGGCUGUGGUUACAACAUCCUGAGGCCACCUUUGCACUUUUUUGCACUGGAACAGCUGGCCGUGUCGCUGCUGGGAGGAGGAGCACAGCUAUGUACAGAAGGUGCUAUCUACAGGCAAGUUCAAUGUGUAGGAGUCUUUGACUCAGCUCUGGUGGCUUCCUCAUCACCUCUGGAAAACAAGCUUCAGGACAGGUGGAUGAGGACUGUCCAGCAAUGAAACCUGCCAACACUUUGCAACUUAAACGCUGUCAGCAGCAGAAUGUCAGGGCAGUGCAGCUGUGGGAAAAUCCACCUGUGUGUGGGCUGCAGUGAAUGGUCUGUACCCAGGACUUUGUACUGCUCUCUGCCAGCUCUCUUAGUUGCAGCCUGGGCUAUCUUGGUGCAGCCUGGGCCUCCAGCAAGUCAAGGCUGGAAUGGGAGAGGCGCUGGGGGCAGCUUGUUCAGCGGUGGGCUUCUGGUUGGCCUCUGUGUGUUCCCCAGUGCUCACCACGAGGUUAUUACAGCAGAGGAUUUGGCCUGCAGGUGGUUAUCUUGUAUGUUACAAAAGAGGGAUGGCUUUGCUGUGCAAACCUUACAGCCUCUCCCACUACUCCUUUAUGCAAGUAGCUGGCUAAUAAUUAUCUGUGCUAUACUAUCAGCACUGCUUAGUACUCACAGAGCCCAUGACAAGCACACUCAGCGACACUUAUCCCUGUGAUAUAAAUCAGGAAACAAAGCCAUAAAAGAUACAAAGGUGAUGAAUCUAGCAGUAGAGGGGCUUGGGAAUCUGAAGUGCAGGUUUACUGGGCUUCUCAGGGCUGUAACACUCACCAGUUCCCCUGGGUAUUACACAUGCCCUCUGUGCCAAGUGACACCAAGGGGCUGAUAGCCUGCCCUGUGUGGUGGGUUGUGACACAGGCCAGCCCCAGGCUGUGCUUCUGGCCACCAAAUUCAUUCAUUACCAGUCCAGAGCUGUUUUUUCCCUUUGCACUGCCCUAACAUCAUAUCUGGCUAUUUUCCAGUUACAAGGUCUUUGUUGUGUGGUGCUGGAAAGUACAGACAAGAGUACAGCCAAAGAAUGCAUCUGCAGCCCAGGCAGUUAGGAAAAUCACCCAGUGGCUUGUGAAUGCAGCCCCUUUGGUCUAUUACCAUCAAAUGCCACAACAUCAGAAUUUACACAAUUAUUGUACUCAGGAGGCGGCCACAGCGGGUCUUCCUUUACCCUGCAUAUUGACAGCAAUAAAUAAAUAAAUAAAAGUUAUGCGGAUGCUA